AUGGAGCUUUCAACUGAAGAAGCCCAGUCUCGUGUUUCCAAUUUGUUGGCACAUACGAGAUCCCUCUCUACGUUUUUAGAUCAAUUUACGAGCCCGUUGGAUUUGGCAGAUGAAGAGAAUAGCUAUAAGCCUUUCGGAGAUAAAAAAUAUAAAAAUCAACUGCAAGAGAUAAAAAACAGCUCAUCCAAGGUACUAAAAGUGUAUAUGGACGAUGUGCGACAGUAUUUCUUGAAGGAAAACAACGACAAGGAGUUCUAUGAAGGGUUGAUGAUGAAUACAAGUCGAUACUUGGAAAUGUUUUACAUAGCCGCGGAGAUGGUUUUGGAAACUCUGGAUAAACAAGAAAAUCACCCGAAGAGUGGCAAGUAUUACGAUCCAAUAGACGAGCUGAGAGAGUCGAGAAUGAAGCAAAACAAAUUGCCAAUUAAUCUGAGAACAAACUAUGACAUACUGCUGAUCAACGGGCAGGACGACUACAUAAUGAAGAUGAAGUACGUCAACGCAGACUUUGUCGGAUCGCUGGUCCUGAUCGAAGUGGACGUACUGAGGGUGGCGAACAUAUCGCCGAAGCUGCUCAUUGCGACCUACGAGUGCGACAUAUGCCACAACCACUCCUACAAAACGCUAGACCAUUACCGAAGGGUAACUGGUGCAGUGGUUGAAGGGAACAACUACAUGCCGCUGAUGGAUUGCAUCAACUGCGUUGCAACGAAGAACGUUAAGUCGACACUGAAGUUUCACCCAAAGCUGAGUAAAUUUGAAAAGUAUCAGGAGAUAAGGGUGCAGGAGCCUCUGAUGCACCUGAAUGAGGGAGAAAUACCGAAAAAUUUGAAGUGUCAGCUGUCAAACACGCUGGUCGGGAGUUUGAGGCCAGGAGAUAAUGUAUUGCUGUACGGGAUUCUGCUCCCAGUUUUCAAAGAAGGAUUCGUUAACAAUAAGUUUACACUGCUGUCAGACAAGAUGUUCAAAGUGCUUAACGUCCAGCAGUUGAAAAAGUUUAAGAUGUACAAUCACUUGAACUACCAAAGCCAAAUAGAGGAGUUGAACAAAGACGUCAAUGUUUAUGAAAGACUAGCUUACAGCAUAGCGCCGGAGAUUUAUGGACACCAGGACGUGAAGAAGGCGCUGCUCCUACAGCUGGUGGGCGGAUGCGGAGUGGUGAAGGGCGACGGAGGGUUCAUUAGAGGAAACAUACACAUACUCCUCCUGGGAGACCCGGGAGUGGCGAAGAGUCAGCUGAUGAAGAGAGUGUGCGCAAUAUCAAGCAGAGGAAUAUACACGACGGGAAAGGGAAGUUCCUCCUCAGGUUUAACGGCGGCGAUCAUCAAGGACCCAGCGACAGUUCACGACAUAGGGGACACGAUGUUGGAGGGAGGAGCACUGGUGCUGGCCUCAGGAGGAGUGUGCUGCAUCGACGAAUUCGACAAGAUGGACGACGAGGACAGGAGCGCAAUCUACGAAGUCAUGGAGCAGCAGAGAGUGUCAGUGGCAAAGUCAGGACACGUGACGACGCUGAAGGCAGACUCGUCAGUGCUGGCAGCAGCAAACCCACUCAACGGAGUCUACGACGUCAAAAAGUCAGUGAUGGUUAACCUGAACCUGCCAGCAGCACUGCUCACACGCUUCGACCUGCAGUUCCUCAUGCUGGACGAGUACGACCAGAACUACGACUAUCAGCUCUCAAUACACAAGCUGAACAAUUUUUUGGACCCUGCAAACGCGAAGCGCACUAACAAGAAGAAGGACAAGAAGGAGGGCAAGGACAUCGACGUGGUGAGCGUCAACGUGAUGCGCUACUACGUCAACUACUGCAAGAGGUUCAGGCCCGUGGCCAAAUACAAAAUUCUAGAGGAGCUGACCAAGUGGUACGUGAACAACAGGCAGGAGGAAUUCCAGCAGGAGCUGUUCAAGGACGACAAGCUGACGUACACUACGCCAAGGUCAAUACUGUCGAUACUGAGGCUGUCCCAGGCACUGGCAAGACUCAGAUUUAGUAAUGUAAUAAACAUGUCGGACUUGGAGGAGGCAAUUCGCCUCACCGAAAGCAUGAAAACGACACUCAACUCGGCACUCCAGCAGCAGCGUUUCAAGAGGAAGACCUCGUCAUCAUCAAUCAUAAUGCAGAUCCUCAAGAAAAUGAGAAAUGGCCUGAAAAAUAACAUUAAUAACUGGGACGGGUGGAUCAAUGUCUACGACCUUCAGCAGCAAGUGCUCUCAAACGGGCUGAAGGCCAGAGACGUGGACGAAUUCAUAAACAAGUACUCCCAACUGGCAAUUAUUCUGCUGAGAAACAACAACACGCAAGUGUCAUUCCCGCAGGACCUUCAGUAA